AUGGAGAGGGAACGUAGGGCGCUGUCAGUCAGGAGCAAUAUGUUGAUCCGCAGCCUAUGGGUCGACUACACGCAGAGGGCUUACAGCGCCUUGCGAGUCCAAUAUAAUAACGCGUACAGGGCACUGUUGGGGCUGCCUCGACACUGUAGCGCAUCGGGGAUGUUCGCUGAUGCACGCAUAGAUGAUUUCUACGCAAUCAUAAGAAAGCGUGUCGCCUCCCUGAUGCAGCGGGUGCGGGGCAGCGCCAACAGUCUUCUGAUGACCGUGGCGGAUAGGACUGAUGGCCUUAUGCUAAAACACUGGACGAAGACGCAAGCAUCAGUACGCGACCUUUUAUCAUGGACAUCAUCAUCUAUCAGUGCGCCGAUGGUGGGUGCAGAUUGGGACAAAGCGCAUAAGAAGGCAGCCAUCGACCUGUUCCGACUGGUACAGAUCUACAUGGGAGACCGCAAGGCGAGGCCUGGGAUGACACUCAACUCUGUCGCACAAGAUAUCCUGCAUGCUACUUUCUCAAAUGAGAAACUCCGCGACGAGCUGUACGUGCAGCUGUGCCGGCAGACGACGGAGAACCCGCUGCGCGACUCGCUGCUGCGCGGCUGGGAGCUGCUGGCCGUGUGCCUCGCCUUCGUGCCGCCCUCCUCCGCCUUCCAGCCCGCGCUCACCAACUACGUCAACAGGCACAGAGACCCCGCGUUCGCUGAUGCUUUCCCUGAGGUGGGCAAAUGGCCUAUUCACGUGCAAGUCUCUCACUACGCGGGUGUGGCGUGCAAAAGGCUGGAGAGGAUCGGCUUCGGAGGGAAAAGGCAGCCCAGGAAACCUACUACCGAUGAUAUCGAUCAAGCUAGGAUACAAAUCUUCAGACAGUCCAUGUUCGGCAACACGUUAUCUGAGGUGAUGGCGCUGCAGAAAGAAAGGUUCCCCAACAGACAACUACCCUGGGUGCAAGUAGCUCUGUCUCAGCAGGUCCUGGCCCUCAAUGGUAGGGAGACUGAGGGCAUCUUCCGAGUCUCCGCUGAUGUUGAUGAAGUCAAUGCUCUGAAAGCCAAGAUAGACAACUGGGAACUACCUGAUGCUUCCACUUUGACUGACGCGCACGCCCCAGCGAGCCUGCUGAAGCUAUGGUACCGCGAGCUGUACGAGCCGCUCAUACCGGACGCGCUGUACGGGCCCUGCGUCGCGGCCGGGACUGACUUCGCGGCCUGCACGCGCGCCCUGCAUCGUCUGCCGCCCAUCAAUAGACUGCACUAG